AUGUGUACUUAUACAACAAAAGAUCGAGUAGCUUUAUCAUAUGCAAUCACUCUUUUCAUUAGCCUUUAUGGUGGUCUUACUAUUAUACUUCGCUUAGUUGCAUCGUAUUUCAUUGAUACUUGGCUAAAAUUUAAACCUUAUUCAAAUGAAAAUUCGAAUCAGCAAGAUACGAAUCGGUUUAAACCAAUUCAAUCAUUAAAACAGUUGAAUUUAUUCAAAAAUAUUCAUGAUCGAACAGAAAACAGUAUCAAACAACAGAGAAUUAUUACUCGUAUUUAUUUAAUUUUAUUAUUCGGUUCGAUAUGUUUUCUUUGUCUAUACACAACUUUAAGCAACGAAAUAGUGGUAAUAACGGUACCAAAUCCUUCGAUAACGACUUACAAAUCAUUAGAAAGUAUAUAUUCAACAACACUUCAAUGUCCAUGUUCAAAUAAAACAAUAUCUCAUAAAAUAUUUGUGUCAUUUUCUCCACUUCUACACCAGAUAUGUUCGAGUGGUUUUGUUGAUCAAGAUUGGAUAACAACAUUAAAAGACAGUGCAAGCGACGUCCAAUUUAUUCCAAAUGGAAUUCUAGAGAUUAAUUCAACAUCGAUCAAAUGUAAUUGUGUUAUAAAUCCAUAUUGUCAAAAUCAAGCUGUUAUCUAUGAUUCCACUUUCAACUAUGUGUGGGAAAACGAUAUUAAUCUCAUUUAUAAUGUGUCCGGAUGGAUUCAAGGGUGUCUUGCUAUUGAUUCUCUUCAAUUCUCGACACUUGAGUGCUUAUAUGUCGAUUCAAAUUGUUUUCCACUUUUAUUAAGUUAUUUACCAAAAAUGAAUUUUCUUCCGACGUAUCUACAGUCAUCUUCACUUCGUAUACAACCUCUCGUUUAUGAUCCAGCAUUGAGUCAUUUUCCUCCUAAAACAUCAAUUUCAAUGAUUAUCAAAGAACUGAUGGUUGACCAAUGGAAUCCUUCUUCAUCACAUGAAUAUUUCUAUGAAGCUUGUGCACCAAUAUAUUGUUCUUAUUCUCAAAGAAUUCGCAAGGAAAAUUUUAUUCGAGUAGUUAUAAUGCUAGUGUCGAUGAUUGGUGGUAUUGUAGUCUCUUUACGUAUUUUAACACCUCAUUUUGUGAAACUUAUUUUGCAAUUUCCCACAAUGUUCAAGAAAACACCAAAACAAGGUAACUAA